ACCAGCAACGGUCACACUUAAGUUCCCAUGUGGAAAACUAGGUUUUCUCUUUCACUUUUCAAAUUAUAAAUGAAAUUAUAGCAAAAUGCUGCGAAAAUCAAAGAAAGAGCCCCAAACGGUGGCUGAUAAAGUCAGCAAACUACUGGCCCACCCAAACGAGAGCGACAGCGAAGAGGACUCGGAUUUCGACGUGGCCACCGGACCCCGUCUGGUGGAUUUCGUGGAGGAGUACGACCUGCCAGAUGCGCGGAGCACCGACUUCAGGAAGCGGAACGUCAAGCUGCUCUCGGAGCAGAGUGAUAGGUAUAAAGGCAAGAUAAGCAGCCGCAAGGAGCUAAAUGAGGAGGACGAGGACCAGGAGUUAUCCUACGAGGAAAGCGAUGAAGAUGAUGAGGACAUGGCUGACUUUAAACAGCAGCUGCAGACUGGAGAUCCAGAGGAAUCCAAUGAAGAUGAAGGUUCCGAAGAAAGUGUGGAUGAAGGUGAGGCAGAUGAAGAUGACAGCCAAGACAGUGAAGGAGAGGAUGAGGACGAUGAUGGUAGUGAAGAAGUCGAUACUGACGAUGAAGACGCAGAGAAUGACACCAUCAAACCCGAGGAUGUUAUGUCGAAAACCAACCACCAGGCGGAAAUCCAAAAAGGACUCUGUGUCCAAAACCAACUCCGCAUUUGGGAGCGUCUCCUCGAGCUGAGGAUCAACACCCAGAAGUUCACCAGCAAAGCGAAUAAGCUGCCGGCACCGGAGGUAUUGAAGGAACUGGGUUCGGAAAAUGAGGAGCUGCAAUCGGUGCUAAACGAGGCCCAGGAGCGCUCCUCCAAGCUGCUAGAGCAAUUGCUUGCUCUCCAGUCAGCUCUCCACCAACAAAACUCAGAGAUGAGGAAGUCGGUCAAGCGCAAGCCAGCUUCUGAGGAUGCGGGUCCACCUGCCAAACGGUUUGGUUCUGUACUGCGGAACAACUUCCAGCAGAUGACAGGAUAUCGCAAUGAAGUACUGCUCAAGUGGGAUGAUCGCACCAAACUGUUGACCCCCGGGGCGGGGCUAAAGCGCAAGUCCCUGCAGGAGGACUACGACAUCAUCAAAAAGAUCGACAGCGCCCUGGCCAACCGGGAAGCGCUCGUUGAGAAAUCACAGACGCCAAAGAGCAAUCAGGCCGAGCAGCAGGAGAAUGAGCCGGUGCAGCGGUUAAAUCACAUCUACGACGACAGCGACUUCUACCACCAGCAGCUUCGGGAGCUCAUCGAGUACAAGGCCAGCACCUCGUCAAACAUGAGUGAAAUUACCAAGCAGUUUGUGGAGCUGCAAAAGCUGCGCCAGAAGAUGAAAAAGAAGGUGGAUACGAGGGCCAGCAAAGGGCGAAAGUUGCGAUACGUGGUGCACAACAAACUAAUCAACUUUAUGGCUCCAAACGAAACCAGCGACUGGACGGAUAGCUCCAAAUCCGAGUUGUAUAAAUCGUUGUUUGUCUAGAAAUUAUCUAUAUGUACAGAAAUAUUAUAUAUGAAAUUUUUAUUUAGGUAAAAAAUAUAUUAAAUAUUAUAACAA